AUGUCAAACGCUUCUGACCCAUUUUCAAUUUUAAAUAAAAACCGGGGUGAUUUAAGGAUGCCUUAAAUAUAAAAAAAACAGGAAAUAAAAGUAUACCGUAAAGGAAAAAUACCCGAAAACAUAAAUGAAUAUGGAUAAAAUGUAUCAGAAGAUGAAGAUGAUAUUUUUCCAGAAGCAAAAUCAUUUUCUUCUUUAAAUAGUGAAAAAAUAAAUAAUAGAUUAUAAUAAAUAGAAAGUUUAAUAUAAGAAGAAGAAAAUGAAGGUUAAAAAAUAGAAACUGUUCAAAAAGCAAUUUAGAGAAGAAGACAAGUUUAAUAAUCGUAAAUUAUUUAGGAAAAUCCUGAAUUUAAAAAACCAAUGGAAAGAAAAAAUAUUUAAAAUUAAGAAUAGGAAGUCAAAAUUACAAACAGAGCAUAAUUAAGGGCAAAGCUUCUAGAAUAAUAAAAAUAAAAUGAAAAAAUAGAAGAAAAAAUUUAACCGAAAGAAGAAUCUUCCUAAAGUGAAGAAUAAGAAGAUGAAAAUUCAGAAGAAGAAGAUGAUGAAGAAGAAGAUAAAGAUGAAGAUGAAGAUGAAAAUGAGAAAAAAGUAAUGAUGAAACCUGUAUAUAUACCUAAAAAUGAAAGAAAAUAAAACAAUUAAAUUAUAGAAGAAGAACUUGCAUUAUAAAAAGAAAAAGAGAAAAUUCACGAAAUGAAAAAAAAUGAAACUAAAUAAUUAGUUAUUGAAGCAAUAAGAAAAGAUGAGUAAAAUGAUGAUAAUAACAAUGAUAAUAAAAGUUUAAUUGGAAUAGAAUUACCAAAUGAUAAUGAUAAUAUUAAUCCGUCAUAUGAAUAUGAAUAAUGGAAAAUAAGAGAAUUGAAAAGAAUUAGAAAAACAAGGGAAGAUUAAAAAAAAGAAAGAAGAUGA